UUUUAAAAAAGGUUUACCUAUUGGGACAAUAAUGUGUGCGAUUAAUUUCUCAACUAGGAGGAACGUCUCUAUUCUUCUCCGGACGGACACCUAACCAGGCUCCUUUUAGGACCCGUUUAUUUAGUGUGCUGUGACGUCUGAUGUCGUUAUAAGGAAGUCUCCAGCUACAGAUAGAUGGAAGGAGUAGGAAGUUAGCUGUUUUAAGGAGUUCCAAAUCUAAACUUAUAAAUCUAUGAAUAUUUUUAUACCCAGGAGUAUUCAGCGACCCGAGAAACGUUGAAUGUUAAGAGGACCAAGUUGACUGCACAACGCAUCUUUGCUACUAGUAUACUAGCAUCAUUGUACAAUAACGUUGCUACUGGGCAGGAAGCGUUUUUCUUUUUUUUCAUUGAUUUCGCUAGUUAACAAUUACGAAUGGUAGCUAGCCUGAUAUGUGGGUGGAUACAUUUACUAUAGCUUUAAGGUGGUUCUAUAAAUCCAGUUUCAACCUGAUCUUUGCAGUUGAGUAUAGUGUCGUUAUAACUGCGGUCUUGUAUCGGUUUAUUGUUUUCCUUCAGGUAUGGUCAAGUACUUGUCAUGUUUGGACUAUUUAUCAUAGUCAGACAGCAGAAUGCACUAGUGGUUCUUUGAGCUAGUCGACAGAUAGACCUGGGGCAAAUACGAAUUUAAUGCAUUAUUAUUAUUAUUAUUAUUAUUAUUAUUAUUAUACGUUUACUUUGGUCAGCAAUAGACCAGGCUUUGCACUUAAAGUCCAUUGGCACUGUCCGAAUAUGGAAGAUGAGGUCUUUAAUCAGAUUCUUUAUGUUAUCAAUCAACUGGUCUCUUGGAUCGCUGCACUUGCUAUUAUAUUUGGUGGUGUGGUACCAUACAUCCCCCAAUACAGAGACAUCCGCAGGACGCAGAACGCUGAGGGAUUCUCCACCUAUGUUUGUCUUGUGCUUCUUGUAGCUAACAUUUUAAGAAUACUCUUCAGGUUUGGACGUUACUUUGAAAUUGCACUGUUGUGGCAAAGCAUCAUAAUGAUUGCCACCAUGCUGAUUAUGCUGAACUUGUGUACUAGUGUCCGUGUGGCUACCGAAAUCAGCACCAAGCGCCGCUCAUUUACAGCAACAGACAGUAAGGACGAGGAAAUCAAAGUUCCUAAGAAGUUCUUUCUGGAUUUUGAUUGGAACUAUUUCUGGGUGUGGAGUCGUUUUGUGGAUUAUCUGCAGUGCGUGCUGGCAUUCACGCUGGUGGCAGCUUAUGUGACGUACCUGCUGCUGGAGUCUGUACUGUUUGUGGAGACGCUGGGCUUCUUGGCCGUGUUCACAGAGGCCAUGCUGGGUAUUCCACAACUCUACUGCAACUACCAGAACAAAUCUACUGAGGGCAUGAGCAUCAAAAUGGUGUUGAUGUGGACAAGUGGAGACACCUUUAAGACAGGCUACUUUCUACUCACUCAGGCUCCUAUGCAGUUCUGGAUCUGUGGCUUGCUGCAGGUGUUUGUGGAUAUUGCCAUCCUGUCCCAGGUGUACUACUACAGCCGCUACCCCCAGAAACCUGCCUCACACACCACACACACCACCAGCGCCAAGGCACUCUGAAACAUGCACACAGGACACAUGCAUGGAGUGUGAGAAGACUGUUGCCUGAUGGUGGACUCGAACUCUUGUCCCUUUUUUAUAUUCUGAACUGAUGGAUCCUUAUUUAAUAUAUUUUGUACAUGCUUGUGUGUAUAUGCAGAGAUAGGCAAGGGAUGAUGUUUAUGCUUCUAUGUCUGCAUGCACACAGCCUCAGUAAAUGCAGUAUGAUGUACAUGCAGCUUUUGUAUAGUGGUCAAAGCUGUGUGGCCAAAGCCAACAAUUAUUGAGGAUGAAAAUGUGUACCUUAGAGACUCAAAAAGGGCUACUUUACUUUCACAAAAGCAGUAAUAUACUUUUCAGCUGUUUUCACAUGACCAUUAACUUGUCAAUAUACAGUCUGUAUUUGUAAAACCUGAUACUGACAUACCGUAUGUUGUUUCAGUUUUAUCUAUAUUUUAGCAUUUUAUUUGGAUAGAUAAUGUGCCCAUCAAAUAAUGUGGCCCUGUUGUCAAGCAGUUUUUUUUGCAAUUUAAUUUUGUGCGCUGUGCUCAUAAUACUGGGACCUGACAGUUAACUCCAAUGUAUGUAAUUUACUGUGACCUUCAGAUUGUUUUGCAAUAAUAGUUUAAAAUCCACCAAAGAUAAAUACAUUGUAAAUUUUUUAGAAAUUUGCUUUCUGUCUGGUUAACAAUUAAAAUACCUUGUAAGACUCUCAUUAGUGUAGUUUUAGGAGAAGAACAUUACAGUGGCCGACAAGACCCUACGCACAGUACAAUUAAAAAUGUGUUGCGAACUCAUAAAUGCAAUGCAAAUUCAGAAAACACUUUCCUUAACAAGACUACACCUACACUGCAUUUCACAAUCAUGCUACAAAUACAGAAAACACUUUCAUCAAAAUGACUGCAUCAGCGCUACAUUUCACAAACAUGCUAAUGCAGAAAAUGCGUGUAACUUAAACACUGCAAAGCCAGUUUUCUGUGUUUGCAGAAAAUUUACGUGUUUGUAGAGCACUGUUGUCAUUUUGAUAAGUGUUUUUGCAGUUCGUUUUUGUUUGCAGUUCAUUGGGUCUUCUUAGCUACAAUAGAAAACAGAACAAAACAGUCUAGUUCCAAACAAAACUGUACGUUUGUAAUGCAUUCUUUUUUGCAAAAAGUAGCAGUACUCAGGAAGCAUAGGUUUCUUUAUUAAGGUGAACUUCCUCAAAUAUCAUCCGAUAUGAUAUAUUUGGAAAAUAUUGAAUUUCAUCAGUAUUGCCCACCCCUACCACUAACAUAACAAUGAAUGUAUAUUGUUAUCUGUGAUGACAAUAAUUCAACAUUUAGUUUUGCUUAGAAUACAAGAUGCGUAAAAAUUGUCCCCUUUAUGGUGUCUUUUGUAACAAUUUCAAUUGCACUCUAAGGAGUGCAUUAUGAUGUUUUAUAGAUGGAGAAAGCAUGAAAAGAAAGAAACUAAUUAUUUGAAUCAUUGGGUGGUUGAAUCAAGGGUUUUUUUGAGGCCAAAGUUUCAAACAUAGUGUACUAUGUCUAUGAACUAUGUAUGUACUUACUGAAGGUGCUAUUUACUGUAGUAUUUAAGGUUAAGAAUGUUGGUGAUUAGAUUGUUUAAAUUAGAUUGAAUGAGCUAUGGAUGAGGAAAAAGUAUUUAACCGGGUGUAGUUUAAGGGUCACAAUGUUCCUGAAAAGCCACUGAUGUUUUCUUAAAUGUCAGAAAUUUAGUUAUCUGUUACCUCUUCAGUAAAAAUCACAAGAUUCUCAAUUUGUAUAUUUUAUAUUUUGGGGUAUUUUGCUGAGCCAUUGUUUGAAUAUGUUGUUUUAGGUCAGAGGAUAUUACUUUGAGUUGGUUUUAAAUGGUCCCUCAGGGAAAUGUGGCUCUAUCUCUAUAUUAUAUGUGUAAACAGCUGGAAACAGAUCAUUUUUCUUUGAAAUAUUCAGAAAGAAGUUUUGGUUUUUUUAUCGAACUGGGCAUGCUAAAAUGAACUGUAUAUCAUAUGUUCUUUUUUAUGUGACAAAAACAUGGCUGCCUUAAAAACUUGUAUAAAUUUGUGGUGUGAACAGGGGAAUCAGGCACAUCUAGGCCAAGUGUUUUAUUUUUCCUGUAAUUUCUUUCUUCGUUAUCUUUUACUUUUAUUUCUGUAUUUCUGCAUGUCAUUCUGGUCAGUCAAGUCAUCAUUUGCAUUUCUAGGAUGUAAACUGCCAGUUUAUUAGGUCUUGUUGCCUACAUUCAUUAGCCAUUUCACAAAACACACGUCAUAGAGACACUUUAUAGGUUUACAGUUACUAACGUUAGCCCAUCUGGUGCCGCAUGAUUUAGCCACCACCUUGUCCGUCAGAGUCUGUAGCUUAUCUUUAUUCAUGAGCAGUGUAUGUUAGUCAUCCUCUAGCCCUUCAUCAGUGGUUAGUUUCUGACCACAGGACCAGUGUUGACUGGAUAUUUUUGAUUGGCAGACUAUUCUCAGCUCAGCAGUCACACUGAGGUUGCUACAACAAGAAACAUGUCACUACCGUAUCAGUGUCACUGCUGUGGUGAGAAUGAUCCCCCACUCACAUAAUAUCUGAUCAGUGGUUGUCCUAUGAUGGUCAGCAUUGAUGGACAGCAUUGAGGGUGGUUGACAAACUGUGCAGCUGCAGUAUGUUUUGUUUAUUAUGUCGCUGAUAUUUUAAGUCAUCUGUAUAAUUCACAGUUUUUGCCUUUUGUUUUCUUUGUUACAUAUCACGUGUUAUUGCCAAAACAGGAAUGACUUGUGUCAGUGUGGUUACUCCUACUCCUCCUUUUACAAUUUUUUUCCUUCUUUCACAAAUGUGUUUUUGUUUUUGUGUGUUUGUUGUUGUUUUUAUUUUUGGAGGCGCAAACAAAUACUUGUAAAAUAAAAAAAUAUUUUUUUUGAGUGACGCAGUGGGUAAUACUGUCGCCUCACACCAAAUAGGGUCUGGGUUCAGUUCCCUGGCAGGACGAAAGUGGUCCUUUCUGUGUGGUGUUUCCAUGUUGUCCCUGUGUCUGUAUGAGUUUACUCUGGGUGUUCCAGUUUCUUCCCACAGUCCAAAGACAUGCAGUCAGGCCAGUUGGAGAUACUAAAUUGCCCAAGGUGUGAAUGUGUAUGCCUGUAUGUCUGUCCAGUGAUGGAGUGGUGACCUGUCCAGGGCGUUUUCUUCCUUCUGCCCAAUGAGCACUGUGAUGGGCUCCUGCAACCCAGGAGAAUUAGUGGCUUGGAUGUGGAGUGAGUGAUAGAAUGUGUUUUUAAAUAGCAGUUUUUCAAGAAAAUUUUGAUUGUUGCCCUAUUAUUAUUAUUAUUAUUAUUAUUAUUUAUUUUUAAACAUUAAUACAUGUUUAUUAUAGUUAAACAUAUAUAUAAAAAUCACUCCAUUUAACAUGUUCAUUUAUCAUACUUAGUAAAUUUGUCAUCUGUAUAUGUCUGUCCAUACAGAUCAUGUAUCUUCAUUUUUGUUGAUUUUUACUUGUCUACAUUGUUUGAACAUGGCAGCUGUCAAAUUGUGUAAAAACUUAAUGAUGAUUGAGCCAAUAGAAAUAAAAAACAUAACACUCCUUUACAUUGACUUAAAUUAAAAGAUUAGACAUGU